AUGGACAGUGAUACGGACCUGUCGUCGUUGGAAUGCUCUGUCGGUGACGACCGGCUCAGCGACACAGCACUGAGUGGGCUGGUGUCGCCGAGAGCGGGCAGCCCACCGCUGAGCGCCGACAGCGAGGAGCUCGCCCCAGACCGCACACCCGAGUCGCUUGAUUGGAUGCAACUUGUUGCACAGCUAGCACGUUUAUGUAGAGUGGAAGAAAGAGGGGACAGGUCGUCUGGUACCGUUCUUUCACAGCCGAGCGAGCAGUGCCUGGCCCUCGAGGAGGUACACCCCACCGACCUGAACGCGACGGGGCAGCCGCCUGUGACCUCGACGAACGCAAACCCCUGGACGACACAACUUGAACACCAUUUGAACUGCCUUAUUUGCGCUGAGCUCCCUCGCGAGCCGCUUCUCUGUCCUUCGUGCGGGGUCUUGUUUUGCGAACGGUGUGCGACGAAGUGGUGGCGAGAGCCCAGCACGGCGUCGUCGCAGGGACACCGUCGUAUCGCGAGCACACAACCGUGUCCACACUGUCGACAGCCCGUUGCUCGUCACGAACUGGUGCUGGUGCGUUGUCUCCGCGAGCUGCUGCAGAACAUCCGCCGAGGCCCGAAACUGGCGCUGCCAGAGCAGCCAGCGGAAAAGAAUCCAGGUGCACCGCGAUCCCUGUCAGCGCUGAAGGCAACAUUAUGGUGCUGCUCGGUCCACGCUCAUGAAGCUGUGCGGUAUUACUGCCAACGCUGCAAUCGCUUCAUAUGUGCGGAGUGCUGUGCUCCGCUGCCCGAGUGCGAGCAUCGCUACCAUCCGCUGGAACGCGCCCACGAGCGACUCCAAAGUUUGGCAUCUGAGCUAGAGCAGGGUUUGCAACCGCUUCGCGAGCGCCUUCAGCGUUUCGAAUGCCAACUGCUCGAGUACGAGCAGACAUCUCGAUUCUUUCUGCGGCAGCGUGAAGCGCUUUCCCAGCGUAUUCAACGUUUCAUGGAUUCCGUGCUCGAGCAGAUCGAUACCCAGGUCCAGCAGCGGAUCCAGUCCCAGCAGGCAGCACGUACGCGUCUCGUGGACAUGCGUAUGCAUCUGCGGCGGUUACUCCGCGACAUGGAACGUCGCCUGCUGGCGUAUCGUCAGGACAUUGCAGGGCAUUAUGCGGAGCGCGCACACGCCCUCCCCAGCAGCGCUGAGUCGCUCUUACGUGCACACCAGGAAUGGAAAGAGCGCUGGGAAGCGCUGAGCGCGCUCUCCGUCAUAGAUGCAUCCGACGCGGUAUGCAGUGCGUGGAGCGAAUCCGCUGGUACUACGAUGUUGGUGGCGCUUCCCGAGGACCAAGCACCUAUACCGCUGAAAUGUGCGGUGCUACCACCAUUUGCAUGGGCCCGUGUUCCCGGCACGUUGAAGGUAUGCGGUUUGCGGUGGCAAGUUCAAUGGAUGGAUGCCUGCUCCUGGGACGCAACGCGUUCGCCGCGGAUACCUGACAGGAAGACGCCGCCUCGGGCGCAACGCCCGACCCCCAGCGAUGGAGUCGCUGCGCAUGCGGGGCCACUGGCGCGAUCCGAGUCUCGAGGUCUGCUUGUGAAACUCGAGCAUCGACCAGGGCUGGAACGCGAGCCGGAGGAUAUUCGUUUGCAGCUGGAAUUCGUGGUCAUGCAUCAGCAACGAAGUGUCUGGGGCGGCCUCUUCUCCGUGAACGCAACGGAUGGCUGGCAAGCGAUGCUGGACGUGCCUGAUACAGUUGUUGUUCUUGUUGAGCGGGCUCGGUGCCCUCAAGAUGAGCUGCAGGUUGGGCUCCGCUUCCCGGACAUUGUGGAGCACAGCAAGCAACAGACAGCGUAUAUUCAGUGGAUGGAGCAGCGACAAGCUCCGGAUCAAGAGUCUGUGGACCGUUCGCGUUCAGCCAUUUGA